AUGAUCCUACUAGAUAAUACAAAGCUCAAGUCAAGUUCCCCUCUUAGCUUAGAUGGAAAGCCGUUUGCUGUCAACCUCGGGGCAUACGACUUUUAUACUACACACGUCUUGACCUAUUGCGCCGGAUUCUACAACGACAACGGCGAAAGAAACACCACUAUAUGCACAAAGACCACCUUGCCUUUCAGCUUCGAUCUCGCAGCCGCAUUAUUGAAUGAUCUUGGCCUGAGUCCCGGCGACGGGCAACAGGCUAUUGAUUGGCCCUUUGCUGUCAUUUCGGAUUUUAUCUGGAUCUCGUCGCUUUCAAAGGCAGUCUCCGUUCUUUCUGUAUUGAACAUUGUCAUUAUGGGUAUUGGUCUUCUGAUCGAUGGACUCCUCUUUUCACCGGGGAACAAUGGCGACUUGUAUACAGGGCUCAGCCGAAGUUUCUCCAUGCUGAGCCUUCUGAUCAUGGUCAUCACGGCUGCUAUAUCAACCUUCAUUAUCGACGGUUUUGUGGACUUACUCAACCUGCACGGAGUUCUAUACGACAUAACGGCGGGKGGKGGCCAAUUGUUCCUGGCUCUGGCAUGGAUAUCCGUGGCGCUUUGUCUGUUACGCAAUCUGCCAUUCUUGGCUAUGUGGCGGAUUUGUCUCGUCAGUAGUCCAAGGAAAGUGUUCGAGGAUGAUGAAGGAAUCAGACUGCUAGAUACUUAG